AUGCGGCAGGAGUCGACCGAUACGGUCGACAAGGCAGUAUGCACGGAGGAGUCGGGUGCGGCGCGCCUGGAGGCGGUGCUAGUGGCCCUGGUGGAGCGGAAGGCGCGCGCGUUGCACGCGGAACAGGUGCGAAGACGCGCGCGCACCCACCCGCUGCUGCUGCUAUUUCGGGACCGCUUACCAGACGAGGAGACAACGUCUAUGGUCGACAGUCCUGCAGAUGCUCUGCCGUCACAUUGGUGCGAACAUGAGAUUGCGAGGCACAAACGCAAAAAGCUGAAACUGCAGACGCAUAGCAAGGACUUGGACAGCCCGGAAAAUAUUGAGAUGGAGAGGCGACGGCGCCGACGAAAGCGCACUCGCCAUACGCACGUGCACUCCCACAAGCCGAGGAAACAGCGCACACUUCUCGUCUCCGCAAUUGACGAACAAGCGAAAGUUAUCCACGUACUGGACCCAGACGAAUUGCCUCGGCGGGCACGCUACACAAUAAUGGUGACUGCUUGCCUACUGCUCUUUCUUUGCCUGUUGCUGGUUGGGGUCACGUUAAGAAUGGCACCUCUCAUAGACGACAUUGUUGACGUGACUUUGAGAUUGCAGGAAAGGGCUGCAGAAGAAGAGCGG